CACUGCUAAUAAUUUCACUUGGUGGUGAUUUGUAAAUCUGUGAACUGACGCAUGCGCGGUUCAGCCAAAUCGAACAGGCCGACGGGUACGGGAAGUCCAAAAUGGCGAUGGACGGAAUGAUGUCCACGUCCUCGGGUCUCUCUUACCAGAAUGCCGGGGACUAUUACCCUAGAAAGUUCGGCCCAAAGCCGGACGUGGUUCCGUCGGGGGUAACCGAGCGGAAAGUGGGUCCACUGGACAAACCUGACAUGGUGUCGGUGGAUGUCAUCAACGUCACGGAUUCAGAUGUUCACAUGCACAGGAAGAAGCACGAACACGACACAUACGUCUUGGGCACCAUUCAUCCAUUCAGGAAGACGCACAGAUCCAUCUGUGCAAAACUCCAGCAAGAAUUCAGACUGGUGACUUCAGACAGACGGUCGUGGAGGAUCCUGCUGUUCGGGGUUCUCAACCUGCUGUGUACUGGCUGUCUGCUGAUGUGGUGCAGCUCCACCAACAGCAUGG